AUGCAGCCAGCCGUUGGCAUCGGUGCAACCGCCACCGCUGGCCAACCUUCUCAUCAUACCAUUGUCCACUCACUUGGCGACGACACCACUGCUGGCGCUACCGCUCCUCCGACCGCCUCCUCUUCCUCCUCCCAGUCCCAAUUCGCCACGCGCUCCUCCCCUCCCCAUAACCGCAACCCGUCCCCACUCAUCUUCAUGAACCACACCCCCCGCACGCUCGCCAACACCACCACUAUCGUUCAUCCCUGCGCCCGCACCGCUACCACCCGUAGCACGCACGCCGAACUCUUCUACGAGGACGGCGCUCCUUCCCCGUCCGAAGACCAGCUGCAGGGCGUCGAGCACGUACACCUGCUGGAAGGAAGAAGCAUUGCGGACGACGCUGCUACUGCUGAGCAGAAGGGCGUCGAAAGCAAGCCCCGCCGACGGAACAACGGGCCGUUCCCGACAAACGACGACACUUUGUCGUCAUCCUCCUCCGACGUCGAGGACGACGGGGAAAGGGACGAGUAUAGCCUCGUGGAGGUGAAGAAGAAGAAAAGAAGCGGUAGGAACAGGAAGAACAAGGUCAGAGACGGCAAUAAGAACGACGGCAACAAAAGGCAGCGCAGUAGAGACUACCUCCGGCCGAGCACCAGCAACAGCACCCACGACGACGACAUCACCGCGUCGUCGACCAUCAGCAAAGGCCGCAACAACAGCGGCUCCCGCGAGCGCUCCGGAUCCGGCUCGCCUUGCUGGUGGAACCUGCCCGACCAACCCUUUUGGCCCGAGUUCACCGGCAGCACGGCUGCUGCCAAUCGCGUGACGGACAGUACAGACGCCAACACGGACGGCGGCGCUUCUGCCACCGCUGCUGCUGCUGCUGCUACAGAACCAGCAACCACCACCACCACCAGCACGGCGGGCGUGACGGCCUCGACGCCGACUGACGCCCUUGGCCCCCUUCCUCCUCCGUCGUCGUCGACGUCGUCGCCCUCCGCUGCUGUAGCACUGUUCAACACCAACAACACCACCAACAACCGGAAGACGGAACGAGCCGUCCUCCGCAAACCCCUCCGCGUCGACACGUCCGUCGGCGGCGGCAGCCCGAUACACCAUCACCCACACCCACAACCGCACCCACACCACCAACACCGCCGCCCGUCCCUGCCCAUCCAAACCCUCUCCAACACCUUCUCCGCCGCCGCCGCCACCAUCACCGGACCGGAAAGGUGGGGCGUGCACAAGCACAACAACAACAGCAACAGCAGACCGCCCACGCGCGGCCGCCGCUUCUCGUGGGACACGCCGGGCGACACGCCGCCGGCUCCGCCGUUGUUCUUUCCCGGUGGUAGUGGUGGGAACAACAGCAACAACAACAAGAACAAAAAGAAGAUGACGACGACGAAUACGGCGGCAGGAGCGGUGCCGCGGCCGUCAGGUGGUCUCGGCUUGUUGGCGUCGUCGACAAACCACAUUUCGUCAUCCCGGUCGUCGACGACGGGCGCUGCGGCCAUGGCGGCGGCUGCGGCGGCCGCGGCUGAGGAGGCAAGGUUCCAGCGGUUCGAUUUGGCGGACUUUUUGAGGAAUACGGGGCCGGAGAGUGCGGGGUUGGCGGGGAUGGGGAUGGUGGGGCCGGGUGGUAGGAGGUCGGGAGGAGGGAGUGGUGGGAAUAGGAAGAAGCACAAGAGUGCGUUGAGGUUCUUGGGGUAUAAGAGGAGGAAGAGUUUGGCAGAGAGGGUGGGGACGGUUGAGGGGGGUCCUGGCGUCUCGCAGCCAGCACCGGAGACGUUCGUACCAGCACGAGGGGUCGUACAGAUGGAGACAAAAGGAAACAACCCGACCAAAUAUCUCCAGAUCGUGACGAACCAAAGCCCAGCGGACAGCCAAUCUCUCGCCAGUCAGUCGUUGCUGACCAACCCAUCACUGACUACUUCUAAGAGCAACGAGAUGCUCGCCAUGAAGCGCCGCUCCGCCUCCCUCCCGGACAAGCCCAACUCCUGCCUCGGCACCGAGCAGUUCGACACCUGGCUGUCCACCCUCGGCAUGCAGCAGCAACUGCCCGACCCGUCCGAACCCAACUCGGCCGUCGAAGAAGCACCACCACCGAAGACACAGCAGCCUCCUCCCCCUUCUUCCCCCACGGCCACGGUCGUCACGGCGGCCACCGAUGCCAACAGCAGCAUCCGCCACGCCAGCAGCAGCAUCCGGCUCGUGAGCCGCAGCAUCAGCCCCGAGCCGCAGCCGAAGCCGCAACAGCAGAAGCAGCAGAAGCACUCUCCCUCGUCAGGAGGAGGUGGAGACGACAUCAAGACCAGCUACGCGACGGCGACGGACGCGAAGGCUGCCCUGUUUAGCAACCCGCCGUCGUGCCUGCCGACGCCGACGAACGCCGUCCAUGACCUCGCCUCGACGUCUUCUGCUGAUACGGUGACGCCUGGCGGCUCGGGUUCGGGCUCCGAUGACGACGGAGGUGUCGCCACGACGAGCGCCAGCACGACGCCGUUCGUGACGCCGAUGGAAGAGCUGCAGAAGCCGCCGGUGAUGGCUGCGGCGGCGGCCGAACACCACCGCCAUCGCCACCUCCAGCGCCGGGCGACGACGACGUCGGCCAUGACGGCGUCGGAUACGGACCGCACGGUGCAGGGGCGGGAAGAGCAGCAGCAGCAGACGAAGCAGAAGCAGAAGAAAUCAUCCUCGUCGAAGAAGAGGAGCAAGGAGGAGAAGGAAGACGCGCGCAAGAGCCUACCGUCGCAGCUGGCGCUGGUCGCGCGCUCGCACCACCACCACCAGCUGCUCCAACAGCAGCAGCAUCAGCAACAACAGGAACAGCAGGGCCGCCGGCCGGUCGUGGCGGUGCGCGAGAAGACGAGCUCGGAGCGGUUGGCCGGCCAGGGGAACAAGCGCGGGGAGCAGGAUGGGGGUAGUCAUCACCACCACCACCACCACCAUCAUCAUCAUCACCGCCUUGCCGCUACCCCUGGCGGCUCCUCGUCAGAGGGAGGAGUAGCGCGUGGUGAAAGCGCGACGCAACAGACGUCGACGCCACCGCGCCGCAGCCGCGAAGACAAGAUCCGCGCGCGCAAGCUGCGCGACCUGCAGCAGCGGAAGCGGGCGAGCAACGAGCAGCGGCACCAUCACCACCAGCAGGGCAUCGACGAGAUCGUGGCGCAGACGGUGGUUGCGAGUGGUGGAAAGGAGCAACAGCAGCAGCAGAAUCAGCAGCAAAGGGGAGACCAGCUCGACCGCGCUAACAGGCUGUUGCAGAGGAGAGCGAGGGACGAGCAACAGCAGCAGCGCCCGCGGCCGAAGUCGAUGCUCGUUCUGCCCGGCGAGCUGCAGGAGGUGGUGGAGCAGCAGCAGCAGCAGCAGCAGGCGGUGGUCAUGUCGCUGAGCCCGGUGGUGACGGUUGCGGAGCAGAUGCCGACGGCGGCGUCGUCGUCUUCUGGGGAGCUCCACAACCAUCACCACCACCACCACCACGAUCGUCGCCGCAGCUCUGCCAGCUUGCUCGCAUCGUCGUCCAAGGACGAUCUGGACCACCAUCAGCAACAACAGCCUUCGCUCAAAUUCGUGCCUGGGCGCGAGGAGCAGCUGCGCGAGCUGCGGGCGCAUCUGCACGCGCACUCGGGCCACUACGGGCUGCAGACGCAUCAGAACGGGAGCCAUUUGAACAAUCUUACCGUUGAGACUGGUAAUCAGGGCCAGCAGCAGCAGCAACAACAACAACAGCGUCGCGAACAUCACUGGACGGACAGCACGAGCACCAACGGGCCGUUCGGGUACUACUUCCAGAACGGUGGGAGCGGUAGUAGCGGCAACAACGCGCAGCAGCGCAUCUCGUCGUCGUCGGCGGCGUCGGGCUUCAGCUUCCAGACGCCCAGCGCCAUGUCGGUCGUGUCGAGCUUGGUGAUGCAGCCAACUGAUAACGCCGCCAUCGCUGAGGGCGGUAAAGGGGCUGACCCUGCUUCUGCUGCUGCUGUUGGCGCGAGAGCCAGCGUGGGAAGCAGUGGGAGCAAUAACAACGAGGGCUCUUCUUCUUCGGGGAGGGAGGCCCAGCUCGAGGCGAGCGACGUCGCGUCAUCGGCGUUGGACCAGCAGCAGCGUGUGGAGGUAGGUGGAGAGGGGAGGGAGUAG